AAAAAACAUCAACUGAUCUCUGCUGUGAUCUACUGAGGAGAGUUUGAGAAGAUGGCAAUGUUAGUGUUUUUAGCAGCUCUUCUCUCUGUUGUUCUGGUGAGCGGAUGCAGUCAUGAUGAAGACUUGCCAGUCGACUGUUCUGACCUUUAUAAAGCAGGACAAACAGUCAGUGGGAUUUACUCCAUCUAUCCAGCAGGAGACAUUCCUGUCUGGGUUUACUGUCAGAUGAUCUCAGAUGGGAAAGAUGAAGAUAAAGGAGGAUGGACGGUGAUUCAGAGGAGAAUGGACGGCAGUGUGAAUUUCUAUCGGCCGUGGGAUCAGUACAAGAGAGGAUUUGGGAAUGUGGAGGGAGAAUACUGGCUGGGGCUGGAGAACAUGUACCAGCUGACACGUAAGAAGUCAAGUCAAAACAUGUACAUGCUGAGAGUGGAUCUGGAGGACUUUGAAGGAAAUAAAGUUUUCGCUCUGUACUCGUCCUUCUCUGUGGAUUGUGAAACCGAUGGAUAUCAGCUGCAUGUUUCAGGAUUCACUGAUGGAGGAGCAGGUGACUCUUUAUCUGGCCAUAAUGGAUUCAAGUUCUCCACCUUCGACAAAGACCAAGAUGUCUAUGAAAAUAACUGUGCCAAACAGUAUCUUGGGGGAUUUUGGUACAAUAGCUGUCACUAUGCAAACCCCAACGGUAUAUAUUUAUGGGGUAAAGAUCCCACCCAUUACGCCAUUGGAAAUGUUUGGUCAUCAUGGAAGGGUUACGCUGUCGGAAUGAAAUCCAUCAGCAUGAAGAUCAGACGUGUGUCUUAGAAACAUUACAGUUCUUCUCGGAAAUAAACAACAAAACAAUCAAUUUAAUGUUUAAUUGUUUCCUGUUUUCUAUUAACUGUGUAACUUAGUAAAUCAUGUAGGAAAAUCACUAUCAUAAACUUAUGUCUGUUUAUGAACUA